GUGUGCGUGCAUUCGUCCCCAAGCCUGUGGCGACCAACCUGCAGUACGUGGGCGGGGCGGCGGCCAUUUUGGGCCUGGUUGCCAUGGCGCAGGACGUUGAGGGUCUCUACGCYGCCGUCAAGGCGAUGGUGUGCGUCGUCAAGAGCAACCCGCUGGCCAGCAAGGAGAUGGAGCGCAUCAAAGGCUACCAGCUGCUGGCCAUGUUGUUGAAGAAAAAGCGUCACCUGCUGAACAGCCACAUCCUGCACCUGACCUUCUCCCUGGUGGGAACAGUAGACAGCGGCCACGAGACCUCCAUCAUCCCCAACACCACCGCCUUCCAGGACCUGCUCUGUGACUUCGAGGUGUGGCUACAUGCACCCUACGAACUGCACCUGUCCCUGUUUGAACACUUUAUAGAGCUCCUCACUGAGUCCAGUGAGGCAGCGAAGAACGCCAAGUUGUUAACGAGAGUUCCAGCUGAUUCCCAAGCUGCUGUUAAACCUGAGAAACGUCACUGUCUCAGCCCACCAUCUCUGCUAUCAGCAACGUAUUGAGUCUGCUACUGCAAGGGUUCCCAACCCAUACGACCUGCUACGGUUUGGCCAGUUAUCUCAUCGCACGCCUGCCAACCUUU